AUGUGGAUCAAGAUUCUGUGGGGCGUUUGUCUCCUUCACUUGACGUCUUGCCAGGCUCCUGAGACGCAAUAUGUCCUGCUGGUCCCCUCCGUCCUCCAGAGUGGCUCGCUGGACAAAGCCUGCAUCCAGCUCUUUAACCUCCCCGAAUCUGUGUCCCUGAGCGCCGUGCUGUACUAUCAAGGGGCUUCCACAAAGAUCUUUGAGGAGACUGUGGCGGGGAAGAACUUCUUCAAAUGUGGCAGCUUCCUGGUCCCUGAGGCACACCCGGAUCCCCUGGCUUUUAUUACAUUCUCAGCUAAAGGAAACACCCUCAACCUGGAAGAGAGAAGAUCUGUCGCUAUCCGCAAAAUCGAGAGGGCGAUUUUUGUGCAGUCCGACAAGCCCAUCUAUAAACCUGGGCAAAAAGUGCUGUUUCGAGUUGUGGCUCUGGACUCCGAGUUCAAACCCGUUGAGGAGACGUACCCGAUAAUCACUCUUCAGGACCCAGACCAAAACAGAAUCUUCCAGUGGCUUGACGUGAAGUCCACAAAAGGAAUCGUCCAGCUGUCUUUCCAGUUAAUCUCAGAGCCCAUCCUGGGACAAUAUAGUAUUGUGGCGGAGACAUCAACAGGAGAAAAAACCUACCAUUGGUUCACAGUGGAAGAAUAUGUGCUGCCCAAGUUCCAGAUGACUGUGACAGCACCAAAAACCGUCUUAGUCAUGGACCCUGAAUUCAAAGUAAAUGUCUGUGCCUCAUAUACCUAUGGCCAACCUGUCCAGGGCAGAGUCCAGCUUAGUGUCUGCCGGAGAGACAAUUCCUAUGGAAACUGCCAGAAGAACCCGGAAGGACUUUGUAGAAAUUACGACUCCCAGUUAGGGAAAGAUGGCUGCGUCUCCCAGGUCAUAGAAACCAAACCCUUCGAGUUCAACCGUGCUGGAUAUUGGAUGAGUCUUAAUGCGAAAGCUGUCCUUACGGAGGCUGGAACAGGUGUACAGCUGACAGAGUCUAAGUAUAUUUACAUCUCAUCGAAGGUGGCAAGGAUGUCGUUUGAAGGGAUGGAUUACGUCUACAAGCAGGGAUUGCCUUUCUUUGGGCAGAUCAAGCUGCAGGAGGUCAAUGACUCUCCCAUCCCAAAUGAGGUUAUCCGACUGCACCUGGAUGACAAGUAUGUGGGCAACUUCACGACCGACAAAGAUGGCAUUGCUCAGUUCUCCGUUGACACCUCUAAGGUUCUGCUCCCACAUGUCAUCCUGAAGGCAACCUAUAAGACCAACGAGGAUUGCUACGGCGAUGGCUGGGUUAUGCCUUCCUAUCCUGAGGCCACUUACUACAUCACUCGCUUCUACUCCAUGACCAACAGCUUCCUGAAGAUUGUCCCUGAGGAAAAGGAGUUGAAAUGUGACCAGCAGAAGAUGGUGACAGUGCAUUACCUCCUAAACAAAGAGGGUUUUGACAGUACCACCAGCAGCAUGAAUUUUUACUACUUGGUGAUGGUGAGAGGUGAGAUUGUCCUGCAAGGCCAAGUGGAAAAGAACAUCCAUGAUGGUUUGAAUGGUACAUUCACCAUCUCCCUCAAGGUCAGUUCUGAUCUGGCACCAUCUGCGGUUUUGCUGGUCUACACGCUGCACCCCCGAGGGGAAAUGGUCACAGACAGCAUCAGAUUCCAAGUUGAAAAAUGCUUUAAAAACAAGGUCAAUAUAAGCUUCUCCAAGGAGCAAGGGCCACCGGGCUCCAACGUCACCCUCCAUGUGACCGCGGCUACGGAAUCCCUCUGUGCCCUCCGGGCUGUGGAUCAGAGCGUCCUCCUCUUGAGACCCGAGAGUGAGCUUUCAGCCCAAAGUGUGUACAACAGCUUACAUGUCUGGGACCUCUAUGGAUAUUACUUCAAUGGCCUCAACUUGGAUGAUUCCAAGGAAGAACCAUGCAUCCAGCGUGAAAACAUCUAUUCCAAUGGCAUUUACUACACCCCCGUGGACGCUGACUUUGGCAGAGAUGCCUACGAUGUAGUCAGGGACAUGGGAUUGAAGGUCUUUACCAACUCUCACCUCCGGAAACCAGUCUUGUGCAAGAAGAAGUUAGAGUUCCCAGAGAGACCUUUACCUCUGGAUGAGCUCCCACGUAUUAAGGGAGGGUUUAGCGCUGGAGGGAGCUCCAUCAUCCAGACCGUGAGGAAAUUCUUCCCCGAGACCUGGAUCUGGAACCUCAUCAUGACCAAUUCCAAGGGCCAAGCCAGCCUCCCCGUCACCAUUCCGGACACCAUCACCGAAUGGAAGGCCAGUGGCUUCUGCCUGAAUGACCAAGUCGGCUUUGGGAUUUCCCCAACCACCUCCCUGACUGGCUUCCAGCCCUUCUUCAUGAAUCUCGUUCUGCCCUAUUCAGUGGUUCGAGGGGAAGGGUUCACCCUUAAAGGCAAUGUCUUCAACUACCUGGACUACUGCACUCAGGUCAGCAGUGUCCUGAGUGCUUCUAAUGAUUAUCAGGCCAAGCCCCUUUCCACAGGGGAUGAUGAUAAGUGUAUUUGCACCAAAGAGAAGAAAUCCUAUGCCUGGUUUAUUACCCCCAAAACACUGGGUACAACAAACCUCACCAUCACUGCUGAGACCAAGCCGAACACCGGGGCUUGUGGGAAUGAGACACCAAAGCCCAUGACUGGACGAAGGGAUAUUCUCAUCAAACCCCUGUUUGUAGAGCCUGAAGGCAUUGAAAAAGAGGUGACUCAGGGUUCUCUCAUCUGUACGAAAGGUUCUCCAAAGUCAGAGCCCCUGGCCUUGAAACUGCCUACAAACCUGGUGGAAGGCUCUUCCAGAGCCUAUUUCUCUGUCCUGGGGGAUAUCCUGGGCUCAGCCAUGCAUAACCUGCAGAAUCUCCUCCGGAUGCCCUACGGCUGUGGAGAGCAAAACAUGGUGCUGUUCAGCCCCAACAUCUACAUCUUGGACUACCUGAAUCAGACGCAACAGCUGACGGAGGAGAUCAAAUCCAAGGCCAUUAGCUACCUCUCCCAAGGAUACCAGAAACAGCUGUCGUACAAACACCCAGACGGAUCGUACAGUACCUUUGGCACAAAAGAUCAGGAAGGAAACUCAUGGCUCACAGCGUUCGUCUAUAAGUCGUUUGCCCAAGCUGAGCGCUACAUCUACAUCGACAAGAACGUUCAAUCCCAGACCCUCAUCUGGCUCCUGAGCAAACAGAUGUCAAACGGUUGCUUCAAAAAUACUGGAAAGCUCUUCAACAAUGCAUUAAAGUCCCAGCUGCUCUCGAAUGGCCCCUCCGGAGCCUGGAGCUCUCCAUCUGACCUACCGGCCUGCCAUCCUACCUCGGAGGCUCACAACUGGCAUGGACAGACGUGGCCCAGCUGCUCUCCCUCCUCCAAUGGAGACGUGGAAGGGUCGCGGCUGGGACACAGGCAAAUCCAGGCCCAGGGAGGACUAGAUGAUCAACUUUCCUUCACAGCUUACAUGACUGCUGCUCUACUGGAAGCUGGUCACCCAUUAUCGUUUCCUGCAGUGCAGAAGGGCUUGCAGUGCUUGGAGGCUGCAACUAAUCUGGGAGUCAAGUACAUUUACGACCAAGCUCUUCUGGCCUACACCUUCAGUUUAGCAGGCAAAGAGGACAAGAGAGACUUCUUCUUAAAGGAGCUAAAGAAAACAGAAAAGAAAGUGGGGGGCUCGGUGCAUUGGGAGCGAGAAGAGAAGCCAUCAGUGGAAGUGCUGCCUUUCUUCUUCCCACGGGCUCCGUCAGCAGAGGUGGAGAUUACAUCAUACAUCCUAUUGGCCAUCCUCUCCAAGCCUUCCCUCACGGCCGAAGAUUUGUCGUAUGCUUCUCAGAUUGUUCAAUGGGUGGCCAAGCAGCAGAACGCCUACGGAGGAUUCUCCUCCACUCAGGAUACCAUCGUGGCUCUCCAAGCCCUGACCCUGUUCCAGAAACUUACCUUCACGAAGGAAGGGCAGAACUCCGUCCGGAUCGUCUCGGGGAAACCUUUCGAAAAGGCUUUCCAGGUGGAUCACCGUAAUCGCCUGUUGCUGCAGCAAAGCGCCCUGCCUUCUCUUCCGGGAGAUUACACCGUGGAAGUGACGGGCAACGGCUGUGUCUACGUUCAGGCCACCCUAAGAUACAAUGUCAUGCAGCCCAAGCAGACCGCAGGGUUUUCUCUGGCUGUGCAAACCCACAAUGCUUCUUGCAACAACUUGUUACAGAAAAAAUUUGACCUUAUGAUUUCGGCCAGUUAUACUGGGAAACGUAAUAAAUCAAACAUGGCCAUCGUUGAUGUGAAGAUGCUUUCUGGCUACACACCUGUGAAAUCAUCCAUGGAAAAGCUUCAGAAUGACCGAACGGUGCAAAGAGUGGAGACAAAAAUCAAUCAUGUCUACUUCUACUUGGAGGACGUCACUCGGAAACAAAUCCAAUUCUCAUUCACCAUCGAGCAAGAUAUCCCCGUGUCCAAUAUCAAACCGGCUUCGGUGCAGCUCUACGAUUAUUAUGAAACAGAUGAGUUUGCUCUUGCCGAAUACAACACACCCUGUGGCCAAGUUUCUCAGUAAUGCGAUGAAAUACCAGGAACAGAUUGAACAUGAAAAUAAUUGGGAAUUCACAAGCAUUUUGCCUUUUCAGAUCC